UCAUUUCCCCACUUGAAAUUUUAAGAGAAACAUGAUGUCCAUUUUUCAGUCCCUGUUUGUUAUUUUUAUUGUUAGUUUGGGCGUUGCUGUUAGCAAUGCUCAAGACGCAAGUUAUGUGGAAGAAAAUACUACGUGCGCCUCUGAUUACCUGUUUCCAAUGUUCCCAGAGUGCAAAGACUAUGAAGAUAUCAUUCAAGAAAAGAGGAGAGAAUUAAUAGAAAAAGGAGAAUUGCAAGGAGACUGUCAAGAAGAUAUAGAUACUAUGGAAUGCAUAAGAAGCCAACUAUUUUACGCUCGAAGACAAAUUGCAUCUCUUCCACCAGUUGAAUGCAUGCAACCUUUGGCUGAAUUCUUGUUAGGAGAUUUAUUUGAUUAUGUUUACGAAUCAGCUUUGGAAGAUGCUAAAAGUGAAGUAAAUAAUGAAUUAGAUUAUUGGACAAAGAAAUAAACCUUUUCAAGCUUUUCGGUGGAACAUAUGCAUUUAUUAUAAGAGUAUUUAUAUUGAAGUAUUUGUUAGAUUUAAAAAUAUAAUAUUUGAAUAAAAUUUAUAUCAAUUCAAUUUUUCAAUAUUUAAAACAAUUUGACUUAUUUCUAAAAAGUCAAAUUUCAAGACUAGUCACUUACCAGUAUAUGCAUACCUGAUUUUUAGAUAAGUGU